AUGAAUCAUACUUCACCACCUUUACCGAAUCUCCAUUCCUUAUCAAUCUCUCCUCCUCCUGGAGCCUACCCUCCUCCAAAUAGUAACAAUUAUCGUUAUAACGGCGUUUUCGGUCCUCCUUCUCAAGGAUCAACAGUAUCGCCAGAUUGGGCUACCAGUCCUAAGAGAUCAUCAAGAUCUGGUAUCCCUCAAAAUUGGUACGACCCGAACGCACCUCCGUCUAGGGAAUCACCCAAUCUCAACGCUUUUGAAGCUUUUCGUAGAGACGCUCCUUCCCCUCCUGCUCUCUCUCCUCCCUCAUCCAUCACAUCCGUACCCACAACAGCAUCUUCGCACCCUUAUCACUCAUACCAACAACAGCCUUAUCAACCCGUCGACAAUUACGUUCCAAUGGCUGUAACUCCAUCCCCUCCACCCGUCAUGUCAUAUUCUCUGAACACCGCAAAUUCAGCACCUAAUCUGGCGGGCUAUAAUGGUGGUGGUAUGCCUCAAUACGGCUCUCAAUCCCUUGCAAGCUUGACCAAUCAUCGAUCUCAAGCAAACGGAUGGAGAAACGGAUACGGGAUGCCUUCUAUCCCUGCUUCCGAUGACGACGUCAUUCCUACCGCGAUUGUCAUCAAGAAUAUCCCCUUUGCUGUCACACGGGAAACACUCCUUGGAGUAAUGGAAUCACUCGGUGCACCUUUACCUUAUGCCUUCAAUUAUCAUCAUGAUAAUGGUGUUUUCCGUGGAUUGGCAUUCGCCAAUUUCCGAGCACCAGAUGAAGCUGCUUCCGUCGUUGCUGCGUUGAAUGGAUAUGACGUUCAAGGGCGAAAACUAAGAGUGGAGUACAAAAAGGUAUUACAACCCGGAGAAAAGGAUAAGAUUGAGAGAGAAAAGGCACUGAAAAGGAUGAGAAGUAUUCAAUUCGACAAAUCAGAUCUCGUACCACCUCCUAUCACCCUCCCUGUUUCUCGAUCAAAUGGUAAUGGAAACAUGAAUGGAUACGACAACAACAGUCCUCCUCAAUCUGCUACAUCAGCCACUUCCGAUUCUCUUCCAGCUACUCUAGACAUGAACGAUCCAGCCGCCCUAGACAUCUAUUCAAGAGUUUUGGUGUUCAAAGAAGAUAGGAUGAGAGAUGAAUUGGCCUUUUCCAAAAACCUGACCCCGACCGAAAGAAGAAUAGUCCACCUUGUAGCGCAGAAAUUAGGUUUGACAAGUUCCACAAGAGGAGAUGGAGAUUCGAAAUCUGUGGUCGUUUUACGUGAAGCACCUUCAAGACCUGCCCUUACGACAUCUUCUUCAGCUACUAUGUCUUCGUCAUACCUGUCGCCAUACUCCACUACACCCACUGAAACAAGUCCCAACUUGAGAAUCAAAAAGUCUAUGCCUGAUUUGAGAGGAUUUAACGGACCUGUGGUAGCUCGUGAUCCAGCGAGGUCGCUAAACCCUCAGCGAUCGUCUGGUAACCUUCGAGCAGAUGCUUAUAGUCGAGACUAUGUGUCUAUGGGUGCCGCUCAAGGCAGAAGAGCAGUUGGACAUAAUAAUGGAUUUGGUUCAGGAUCUUUCAACAGUCUAUUUGGUGCUCCUAUAGGUGAUAUCCCACCUGUUCCACCCCUUCCUUCCGGAUUAGGACUACACUCCAAGGGCCAUUCAAUCUCAUCGUUCAAUGGAAAUGGCAACAGCAACGGCGCUUCUGAUCCCAUGGGAGAGAUGUUAUCUUCCCAACCACUUCGUAAUCCAAGAGGACCAGCGGGUGAAUCAAGAGGUUUCGGAGGAACCCUUAGACCGAGUGCAAGUAGAGGUAUGAUGAUCGGUAGAAGAGUCUCAGAGGAGGAUGAAGAUGUUGAAAACGCCAGUAUCGGAGGCAUAUCAGGCUCAGGAUCAGUUGGAUCCAGUAGUGCAGUCGGAAGUGAAAGACAAAUCUUGAACCAAAAUCAAAAUUUCAUGGAGGGUAUGCGAACCAGAGAGUCGUUAGAAAUUUGA